CACAAUUCAUUUCGCUUGAAAAUGCCGUGCGCCAUGUUGUGAUCAUUCCUUCUGUGUCAACCUUCAUCCAAUGCAAUCGGGGUUGACGGGAAAUAGAAUGAAUGUUAAAUGCCUGUGCCAAGCAUGAACCACAGUGCUUGGGACAAUAAUACUGCCGGAGUGUUACAAAACCCGAGAGAAAUGGCCGGAAUCCGACAAAAUACAGGAGCAAGAUCGCAAGACGAUGCAAUGGUUGGAUAUUUCUUCCAGAGACCACAGACAGACGAAUUAACGGGAUAUACUAACAAACGAUGGGCUGUCGGGGAUGACAGUGUGAUAGAACAGACACCUCGAGGAAUGACAGUUCAGGAUUUGGAACGCGAUUUCCAUGCCCUCUCAAUGAAUCGGGAGGUGAAUAAUCCUUCAAAAAAGAUUUGGGAUGAUGAUCCUAACAAGGGAGGAGAUGCAAGCAAAGCUGGAUUAUUUCAGCCACAUCAUUGGACAACUAGAGAUGAUGGAUGGAGUGGAGGCCCUCCCCAAGGAAAGUUACCAGGUGCUCCCCAUAUGAUGGCAAUGCAAAAAUACCAAGAUAGUGCAGUAGGUAUUGAUAUGGUGGAGUAUGUGUUAGGUCGUUCACCUAAUACUGGUAAAGAGAUGGAUGCCAGAUUAAAUAGGAUGAAACCUGGUGCAUACAAUGUACCUCCAGUUGGUGAUGGUGGGGAUGCAGGUGGUGAAAAGAAAAGCCAGACAUCGUCACCAUUUGAUGGUGAAGGUGAUCGUAUUGAAGAUAAUAAAGAUGGCCUCCAAACUAAUGGUAUUUUACAGAAUGGAUUAGAAGAUACGUCUGGCUUCAGGGGAAGUCGGCAAAAUUCGCCAACAGGAGACGAAGGGAAAUACCAAGAUAUACCAAAAUUACCUAUGAAACCGGAAGGAGAUUUUUUCGAAAGCCAAUCAUUUCAUCCUCAAUCUGGUGGUAACUUCCAGUUUGAUUCUCAGCAGUUUGAACCCAUGGGUAUAGAUCCAGUUCAAUUUGAUUACACGAAUCAGAUGAUGCAAUCUAUGGAUAGUCCCAACUUUAACAACAUGGAUUAUAAUCAGCAACUACAGAGACAGCAGCAACCAAUAGCAGUUCUGACACAACAACAGUAUGCCCUUGCUACACAGCAACAACUAGGCUUGAACCCCUCAAGUGUAGGAACGAACGCCCAGUACCUAAUCGGUACCCAGGAUCCUUAUGCCGUGGGAAUUCCUCUAGCAGGUCCAACAGUCAUUCACCCCCAGUAUUAUGGAGUUCAGGCCCCCUGGGGUAUUUAUCCUGCUAAUUUGAUUCAGCAGGCUCCCCAAGGACAGCAGACACCUCAAGGCAUGUCUCAACAACAGCAGCAGCAGUUGUUACGGGGUCAAGGUAAUCGACCUUUAACCCCCUCUCAGCAGAGCGAUGGUAUGGGCACACCAAACUCACUACAGCCUCAAUCAUUACCUUCAAAUGGAGCGUAUCAGAUAUUGACACCAGCUUACUAUGAUCAGAAUGGUCAGUUAGUUAUGGGUAAUCCUAGAGGUAUGGGAACACCUGUACGACUUGUAUCACCUGCUCCAGUUCUUGUUGGCGGUGGAGGAAAUCAACAAGGUGGCAAUAAUCCAUUGAGAUUAUUAACAACCCAGACACAACAAGUACCAACUCCUCCUGUUGUCUUGUCUAGUAACAGUUCUACCAGUCAAAAUAACUCAAUGGGCUACACCCCAUCAACGAGUGUAGGUUACACUCAGGUGACCCCUAGUUUAUACACGCCCAUUUCUACCAAUCUAACUUUAAACCAUCAGGCUAACAACUACAAUAAUACCGGUCUUGAUGCUAUUACAUCUUCUAAUACAGGCAUUAUAGGUCAACGCCGUGAAUCCUUUGAUGUGAAAAGACAACUGGGAGGGUAUUAUGGCUCAUUAUCAGGAAUGGCAGGUUCACCUGUUGGUCAUGGAGGACUCUUACAGCCUGGUCAAUCAAUGACACCACCUCCUUCACUAUCUGGUUCCUCUUCGAAUCUCACACUAGGUUUUGGAGCAGCUCGUCCUUAUUCUGCUGCACCUGGAGCAGAGGCUAAAUAUCGUGCUGGUCUGAUGUCUCCAGCAAAUGGUCUCUUUGGUAACUCAUCUUUAUUCCAAAAUCGCAACAUGGCUUCCAGAAGUGCAAGUCUGUCAAAAGAGGUAACUGGUCGAAGUCGUCUUCUAGAAGAUUUUCGUAAUAAUCGUAUCCCCAAUUUACAGCUGAAAGAUCUAGCUAAUCAUGUAGUGGAAUUUUCCCAGGACCAGCAUGGCUCAAGAUUUAUUCAGCAGAAAUUAGAACGAGCAUCUACACAGGAGAAAUCCAUGGUUUUUGCUGAAAUAUUAACAGCCGCAUAUAGUCUUAUGACCGAUGUAUUUGGAAACUAUGUCAUACAGAAGUUCUUUGAGUUUGGUUCACCCGAGCAGAAGAACACACUUGCCCAGAGAGUACGAGGUCAUGUGUUGCCUUUAGCUUUGCAGAUGUAUGGUUGUCGAGUUAUACAGAAAGCUCUGGAAUCAAUACCAGCAGAAAUGCAGGUAGAAAUAUUAAAGGUAUUAGAUGGCCAUAGAUAA